GUUAAAUCUUUCACCAAACAAGAAGGUGAACAAUCAAAAUGGAGAAGCAAGUACUCAUGUAUACCUUUGUGAUUCUGCUUUCUUUGCAACUGUGCCGUGCUGGGGAAAGUGAGUGUAGCAAGGCUUGUCCACACAUACUGGAUCCGGUGUGUACCACCGAUGGACGAACCUUCAAAUACUUCUCCAAUAGAUGCUUGCUAGAAGGACACAAUCAGUGUGAACCUGACAAUAGAUUCCGAGAAGUAGAUGAAAGCAACUGCUCAGACGGUGAUUGGCAAAAGUAGACGAUCCUCGCGUGAUCAGAUUUGCCGACCAUGAAUUCGUACCACUAUCAAUAAGACAUACAAUAAACACAUUUUAAUAUCGAAAUAUUUACUUUCUGU